UUCCUCGGAAAAGAGACAUUUUGGGAGUUCAUGAGCAAAAUGCCAGCUGUGACUUGGGAUGCAGUCCACAUAGCGGCAAUUUGGUUUGCCUUUCAGGUGGUGCUAAAUCUUCUUCCCGACUUCUUGCACAUUGUCAUUAGAAACUACAAAGGAGGCAUCCAAUACGGAGCUGUUACUCCAGCUGGAAAUAUUCUCCCGUAUAAUAUAAAUGGACUACAGGCUUGGCUGAUUUCAAAUGUACUCUUUCUAGUCAACGGGUUCUAUUUAAAACUCUUCUCGCCUACAAUCAUUGUCGACAAUUUUGGCGGGCUUCUCUGGGUUGCGGCAAUAACCGGAAACCUUGUCGCGGUCCUUGCCUAUUUCAAAGCGCUGAUAGCUCCAAACCAUGCAAAAGACUGCAAAUUCACCGGGUCUAUUUUGUACGAUAUUGUAAUGGGCGUCGAAAUGAACCCUAGAAUUGGGAAAAUGUUUGAUUUCAAGUUGUUUCUGAACGGGAGGCCUGGAAUCGCAGCGUGGACUGUGAUCAACAUGUCAUAUGCAUGGAAGCAGUAUGAAUUAUACGGUCACGUGACCAAUUCGAUGCUGCUCGUGAACUACUUGCACGCCCUGUAUGUCGUGGACUUCUUCUGGAAUGAGGCGUGGUACCUUCACACCAUCGACAUCUGUCACGAUCAUUUUGGGUGGUAUUAUGGCUUUGGAGAUCUCGCUUGGCUACCCUGGAUGUAUACUUUGCAGGGCCACUUUUUGGUUUACAACCCAAACCAGUUAGAUUGGGCGUUUGCUCUUUUCGUGUUUCUGCUCGGAAGUGCCAGCUACCUCAUGUUUCGAUCAGUAAAUGCACAGAAAGACAGCUUCAAACAGUCGGAGGGCAGCUGUCUCAUCUGGGGAAAAAAGGAGAAGGCUGUAUUCAUACCUGCCGAGUACGUGACGUCAUCAGGUGAUCGGAAACAGUCUAAGCUUCUCGUGUCUGGAUGGUGGGGCAUGGCUAGACACAUGAACUACACAGCUGACCUCAUAGGAGCCCUAUGCUAUGGACUAGCCUGUGGGUCAUUCGAGUUCGUUCCUCACUUCUAUUUUUUCUAUCUGUUCACACUGCUCGUUCACAGAUGUCUGCGAGAUGAAGACAGAUGCAGAGCCAAAUAUGGAAAGGCGUGGGAAAAGUACACUUCUAAAGUGAAAUACAGACUGAUUCCUUAUGUGUUCUAAAUUGUCAUCAUAAAGCUCACCUAAAAUACAAAAUACAGUUUUUUUCCCGAACUCAUUUGAUAUUUCAUCUUUAUACUUAUACGAUUCAUGUAAGGAUUUGGAGAAACGGACUUUUAUGCAUAUU